AUGUCCAUCAAAGUAUUCCAUCUUCUCGGCAUAUUCCUCACAAUCAAUUGUAAAAAGAUAACUCCACGAGAGAAUUUCCUUUUGAAUCAAUGUUGUGGAGGACGCAGACCAACAUGUCCGUUCAAAGUUUUAAAUGGGAAGAGCGUAAAAGAAAACGAAUUUCCGUUUAUUGCAACUCUUAGAUAUAGUAAAGGUGAAAUGGAGGAAAUGUGCGGUGGCUCACUGAUCUCUCCGUUACACGUGCUUACAGCCGCUCAUUGCAUACUAAGAAUAAAUGACUCGAUUACGGAAUCGUGCAAAAAGGACCGUAACGGAGGAAUUUUCAAAUUUGGCUUCAACGACAAACCGAAGGACUGGUCAGUGUACAUUGGAAGCGGUUGUAGUGUGCCGGAAGAAUGCGAAAAACGCCGCCAGGUGCGAGAGAUUCUUCUCCGAGGAGACUAUAAUCCUUGCGGUAGCAGUAAUAACGAUAUUGCAAUUAUUGAAUUAAAAAGCCGAAUCCCAGGAUGGCGAUGGAAGUCAAUUUGCCUUCCGAGCAAAGAUCAACGUCUUCGAAAAGUUCUUCAUUCAGCAGGCACCGGUUCAGAUCAUGAACUGCAAGUCUGUAUACCGUGUCAGACUUUUCUUGCAUGGAGAAGCCGAAAAUUCUGUGGAGAGCCUGAGGUGGACAAACAUACCGAGUAUUGA